AUGGACUUGUCCUUGAGACCUUCUGCAGCUCUAGGAGAAGCUCAUUUUGGUGACUGCACAGGGGAAAUCCUCCUGGAAGAGGUGCUCUGCCAAGGAGGUGAAGCUCUCUUCUGGCACAGUGCUCCUAAAUGUAGUCAGGGCUCAGGAAAGCUCCUUCUUGACAUUGUGCACUGCAAAGGGAAUGGGGUUUACAACUGGGAGUGCCCCAAACUAGGUCUGCAUACAACUGGGGACAUGUGGAAGACAUCAAUGCCAUUCACUAAGCUUAUGUGGGGGACCAUUUGUGAUGAUUUCUGGGAUAUAAGUGACACAGAAGUUCUCUGUAACCAGCAGGUCUGUGGACAUGCUGUCAACCCUGAAGGGGCAGCAAGUGGCACGUUGUGGAGGUCACCAGAAGACUCACUGCCUGGAGGUCAGAUAUGGAAGAAAUUUUCAGGAUGGAUAAAAGACAAAUUUAAACCCAAAGUUCCAGAAGCUCCACAGCUGCGGCUGGUGUCGGAAGGGGACCGAUGCGCCGGGAGGGUCGAGCUUUACCUCAGGGGCAGAUGGGGGACAAUCUGUGACACGGAGUUCAGCAUGGACAGUGGCAGUGUUGUAUGCAGACAACUUGGUUGUGGUGAAGUGGUCUCGGUCUUCCACCAGCCUCCCUCGGGCUCUGGCAGAGGAGGCAACAACCUGGCCAAAGUGAGGUGCAGAGGAACCGAAGAUCACCUCUGGGACUGCCGGCACACCAGGUGGACCAGGCGGAGGUGCAGACAACACGUCCACAUCGUCUGUUCAGGUGCAGAACGCUCCACGGUGGCACCAACAGCUUCAACAGAUGAUUCUGUGCCAGAAGCAGAAGACUUGAUCACAGGCAGCAUGGAGGUAUCAACGACUGUGGAAUCACCCUCGAUGCUGAGCCAAGCUCCCUCUGCUCCGUCCCUGCGGCUGGCGGGGGGCGACGGCCGCUGCUCGGGCCGCGUGGAGCUCUACCACAACGGCAGCUGGGGCACCGUCUGCGACGACUCCUGGGACCUGGCCGACGCCAAGGUGGUGUGCAGGAGGCUGGGCUGUGGAGAAGCUCUGAUAGCUCUGUCCGAAGGUCAGUUCGGUCCGGGCUCCGGGACCAUCCUGCUCGACGACGUGCAGUGCACGGGGGAGGAGGAGAGCCUGUGGGACUGCCCCCACAGAGGCCUCGCUGUCCACAACUGCCAACACAAAGAGGACGCCAGCGUCAUUUGUGCAGUGAGCCUCAAUUACCUGCCUCAGUACCUCCGGGUGCUGUUACUAAGAUACCUGGCUGGCGUGUGCCAACCGACAGGAUUUGGGGUGCAAAAUGUGAGAAUAGAAGGGUGUGUAAGGGACCCAACCUGUGGGAGCUACUAUUCACCAGGCCAGAGGAUUCUCCAGUUCAAGUUCAGAGGUCCCAUCUACCCAAGGGUUUGCCUACGGUGCAAAGUAUUGGCCUGCAACAGCUUCACUCCCCCUUUCCAACACCACCAGGGCUACCUGCUGAGAGGCAAAAGAAGUGCAAGCAAAGGCACUGUGAUUAUCAUCAUCUCCUAG